GAGGUAAGGUUUCAUUCUUGAUUUGAGACACACCUUUACAUAAAAUCCUGCCUACUUACCAGUGUGAUAGGCCAGUCUAGUUGACUGACAACAUCUUACAACAGAGGCUAAUUUACUGCCUAACCUGUUUCUGCCUAUCCACGUCAUCCAGGUAAGUUAGAAGUGGGUCGGAGAGACAGAGAGAGAGAGACAGACAGAGAGUCACCUGGCGACAUGGCCGACUCUCAGUUGAUGUGUUUGGACGACAAUCACAUUAACGCCAGCAUCAACGAUAAGAAUCCACAAUUCUUUUACUGCGAGUCGCAGCGUUUAGCCCUGGAGGAACUGCUGGUGUCCGGGGCCACGGAUUUCGGCAAAGUGACCAACAAACUGGGCGUGAAGGAGUUCAUCUCUUCCAAGGAGGCGAGGGAAAUCUCCCGGAGCUGCGAGAAGUACAAGGAGGAACGGGGCGACGCUCCCCGGGGCAAGGGAGGGGAGAGCGAAGACUCCCUGACCUACUGGCCGGAGAAGAGCGAUGUCCCGAUCCCAGACUUGGACAUGGGCUGGACGGAGCAUGUGGCUUAUCGGGGGAUCACCAGAGCCACUGUCUACAUGCACCCCCCCAAGAACGACGACCCUUUCAUCAAGCAACUAGUGAGGACAGCCAUCCAAGAGUCGAGGAAGGUGGUGGCGGUAGUGAUGGACGACUUCACGGACCGGAACAUUCUGGAAGACCUGCUGGAGGCGAGUUACAGGCGCAGGGUGGCCGUCUACAUCGUGCUGGACCAGGACAACCUGGACAACUUCCUGGAGAUGUGUCGGACCGUGGAGCUGAACCAGCUGAAGAUCAGAAACAUUCGGGUCCGCUCCCUCGGCGGCACCGGGCUCUACCUGACGGCGGGACACCUGAAGGGCACAUUGAACCAGAAGUUCAUGAUCGUGGAUGGUGACAAAGCCUUCUCGGGCUCAUACAGCUUCACCUGGAGCAGCGCCCGGCUGCACCGCAGUUCUCUGGCCCUGUUCACGGGCCAGGUGCUGGAGGCCUUCGACAACGAGUUCCGCGAGCUCUACGCGAGCUCCGAGGCCGUCGACCUGCACGGCCGCCUGGGCAUCGAGCGCUCGCUCCUGGACGCAGCCUCCGCCGCCCAGCUCCCGCCGCCCCGCUCCAGCGAGCUGCGGCCCAAGUUCUACCACCCCAAGUACCUGCUGGCGAUGGAGGGGAUACGGCGAGCUGCCUCGGACAACCAACUGGCCACCGACAAGGCCGAAAACAAGGAAAAGGCCUCAGAGCGGACCCUGAACCGCCGAGACUCCCGCCGGGGCACCAUGAAGGAUAGCAAGAAGGAGGACGAUGGGGAGAACGGCCAGGCCGUCCGAGACUGGCUACUGAACAACGACGUGAAGGGGCUGGAGCACCCGGAGCCAUUGGAAGACCUAGUCCCGCCCAGCAAGAUGCCCAACGGGGACAAGGGCCUGGGGGGCAAGGACCUGGGGCCCAAGCUCAGGUUCCUCGACUUCAGCAGGGCCUUUGGCACCAGGUCGGCACAAGGGCUCGGCAAGGACAGGCCGGAUCCGCCGGAGGAGGCCUCCAGGAAAGGCAGCAAAGGCAAGAAGAAGAAAGAAGAGGCGGCUAAAGGAACCAGACUGAGCCCAGAGGCUGAGGCCCAGGACAAAGCCAAUGCAGGGAAGUCAAGUUCCUCGUUCCUCGAAAGACAAGUCAGCUCCGUCACCACCAAAACUAAACGGGACAAGUGCCGGGUAUCGUGAAGAAUCGAGGGCAAAGUCGUGCUGCACGGAGUCAGGCCCUUCGGCCCCGUGGACCACCCAAUCUCACUUUAUUCUCCCCACGUCCCCAUCAUCUGCCCCUCCGCCCCGAGAUUCUCCCACCAUCACUCGUGCGUUUUGGAGGACGCGGAGGAUAGCAACGCCGUCACAGUGAGAAGGUGCAAAGCCCGUACAGACAGCGCCCGAGGUCGGGAUUGAACCUGGAUCGUUGGAGCCCAACCAGGUUUAGUUUAGUUCCAGUUUAGAGAUGCACCGCGGAAACAGACCCUUAGGCCCACCGAGUCCACGCCGAGCGGCGAUCACCCAUUCACACGCUAGUUCUAUGCUACCCCACUUUCUCACACACUCCCAACACACCAGCGGCAAUUUACAGAAGCCAGUUAACCUACAAACCCGCACAUCCUUGGGAUGAGGAAACCAGAGCACCCAGAGAAAACCCACGCGGUCACAGGGAGAACGGACAAACUCCAUACAGACAGCACCCAUAGUGACGAUCGAACUGGGGUUUCUGGCGCUGUGAGGCUGCAAGUCUACCAUCGCGACACUGUAGUCGAGGUGGGGACGGGCACAAAUUUGGAGACGGAUUACUGAGGGAUUUGCUUCUUUCAGCUGGUGUACCAGUUUGCAUGUUUCCUUCCCUCGCUGGUCCUGUUGGCAACCUCGAUCAGUUGCGACCUACCUGAGGUGCUCAACACUGGUGCUAUAAGGUCAUAAGUGAUGGGAGCAGAAUUAGGCCAUUCGGCCCAUCCAGUCUGCUCUGCCAUUCAAGCAUGGGCACUCCAUCUCUCCCUGCUAACCCCAUUCUCCUGCCUUCUCGCAUAACCCCGUACAAAUCAAGAAUCUAUCUAUCUCUGCCGUAAAAAUAUCCACUGACGGCUAAAAGUAUCCAUAGUAGUCUGUGGCAAAGAAUUCCACAGAUUCACCACCCUCUGACUAUGCAAAUUACUUCUUAUCUCCUUCCUAAAGGAACAUCCUUUAAUUCUGAGGCUGCGCCCUCUAGUCCUAGACUCUCCCACUAUAGUAUCAUUGGUGGAAAUCUCCUCCCCACAUACACUCGUCGGCAGUGCCUUGUGGACAACAGCACCCCGCCAUGGCAAAGUGAGGAACUGCAGGCACUUGGAACCGCAGAUGCCGGCUUACGGAAAGAAAGGACAAGAGGUGCUGGAGUAACUCAGCGAGUCAGGCAGCAUCCUGGCGAGUCGAGGCUGUCUCCCAUUCCCCCCCCACCCCCCCAGAGAGGGAGAUCGUGGAGAGAGGGAUGGAGGGACAAAUCGGGGAGUUGCAAUAGCUGCAACGGGCCUUUGUGGUCAACUGCAGGAGAGCGAUAGGUGGGUACAGGUAGCUGGUUGGAUAAAAUCCCUCACUAUUUGAAUCUCUUCUAUCAAUAUAUAACAUUUUUUGUCUUUUCACCUCUGGCCUUUGUCCAACCGGCUGCCUGUCAAAACACCCCCUCACCUGUAUCCACCCAUCACUUCCCCGUGAGUUGGUCCACUCCCACCUCUCUUCCAGCUUUCUCCCACCUAAAAACAAUCAAUCUGAAAAAGGGUCCCAACCAGAAAUGUCACCUAUCCAUGUUCUCCAGAGAUGCUGCCUGGCCCAUUGAGUUACUCCAGUACUUUGUGCCUUUUUUUUUGUAAACCAGCAUGCGCAGUUCCACAGGUCAAGAGAUUGUGUGCUGCACGGAGACGCUACAGUAGACUUGCUGCCUCGCAGCACCAUCCCGACUACGGCCGCUGUCUGUUCAGAGUUUGUACGCUCUCCCCGUGACCGCGUGGGUUUUCUCCGGGCACUCCGGUUUCCUCCCACACUGCAAAGAAGUGCAGGUUUGUAGGUUAAUUGGCUUCGGUAAAAUUGUAAAUUGCCCCUAGCGUGUAGGAUAGUAUUGGUGUACUGCGUGAUCGCUGGUCGGCACAGAAUUGGUGUGCCGAACUGCCUGUUCCCGCGCUGUAUCUCCAAAGUCUAAGGCAUCGCUGUUCUUUCUUGGGAGAAACAGAGAAACAUAGAAAAUAGGUGCAGGAGGAGGCCAUUCGGCCCUUCGAGCCAGCACCGCCAUUCAUUGUGAUCAUGGCUGAUCGUCCCCAAUCAAUAACCCGUGCCUGCCUUCUCCCCUUAUCCCUUGAUUCCACUAGCCCCCAGAGAAAAGGUGCAAGGAUUAAUGACGUACUUGUGCAUCUAUUUCUUGGGAUCCUUAUGGAACUGGGACCCAAAAAGAGUUAGCAAGGACCCAGGGCAAGUAUAGAUGGUGCCAGCGCCCAUCUGGAGGGUUACUGGGUAAGCCCCAUCAUCUACAGACCGCAGCCAGUACCCGUGGGACCUCAGGUACAAGUAGAGCUGGAACUUACUUGAGCAGAACCCAAACGUGUUGCACUUGCUUCAAAUCCCAGAAUCACUGUCAGUAUUUUAAGCUGUUCCGCAUUCAGAGCCUUUCAAAAUUAUAGAUGACCCCCCCCCCCCUUCCCAAAUAGUGGGAAUAAUUGCUUGAAGCUUAGCUAUUUUUGUACAUGGGACUUGGAGUUGGGUCUGACACAGGAUGAAAAUGACCCACUCAGCAAAGAUUAAAAGCGACCCAAGACUGUUACAUGAAGUUUGUAUAUACAUGUAUUAUUAUGCAGGUUCACCACCCAUUUUCGGGCACCCUGGCUUGGUUCCCGAGGCUUGUGUAGGAUUAUCCGUUUUGCGAGACCAAGAGGAGUACAACGCUACUGGAACGGUCAGCCUAGGCCGUAGGGGGGCCGAGAUACCGGCGCCUCGGAAGUCGGCUAUGGGAACGGAUCUGCCGGCUCCGGCCGGGCCGGAGUUCCAGAGCCCCGGCCGCAGUGGGCAGAUUCCACCCGCCGAUCGCCCGCGGAGGUCCCGAUGAGGUCGAGAUCGGCCGCCUCACCCGGCCUGGGCGCAACAUUUCCGGGGGGGGGAUUUCAAGUGCGCUCUCCUAAUUUUGUCCCGAUUAAAGGGAUCACCAGUUGCCGGAAAAUCGUCGGUGGACUUGUGCUUUAAAAUAAAAAUGCGAAUGUUCCAUUAAGGAACAACUUUACACAAAAUAUCAAAUGCAAAUAUUUUGUAUAUUUCUGUAAUUAUGUUUAAUAAAGUAUAUUUUAAAGA